GGGAGGGUUUUACCUUAUCUUCUUCGUUUCUGCUUUGUUAGUAUUUCUUAAAACAAACAGAGAGAGAAUAACAAAACCAUAAAAAUAUCUAUGAAAAUGGGAAAGCAACCCGGCGGCCAAAUGCUACAACACAAACAACAGAAGAACCAAUUAGUGCUAGUAUGGAAACAUAUUCCUCAACAACCACAAUCUGUUAUUAAUAGUGUUGGGUUUGCGACGGUUACAACAAUGUUGGAAAAGCAGACGUUAGAAUUCGAACCCACGGCGGCACAGCUGGUGAAACACCCGCUGGCGAUUGUUGCUUUGGUUCCUAAAGAAGCUGCUGUGUUUGUUGCUGGUGCCUUUUCUGGUGCGGCUGCUAAAUCAGUUACCGCCCCUCUUGACCGGAUUAAACUCAUUAUGCAGACCCAUGGUCUAAGAGUCGGGAAAGAAAAUGCGACGAAAGCAAUUGGAUUUAUACAGGCAUUUGUAAAUAUAGGGAAGCAAGAAGGCAUCAAAGGGUAUUGGAAGGGUAACUUUGCUCAGGUAGUACGUGUCCUCCCCUAUAGUGCAGUCCAGCUCUUUGCAUAUGACACCUACAAGAAACUUUUUAGGGGAACGGAUGCUGAGCUUUCUCUUAUUGGAAGAUUGGCCGCAGGGGCUUGUGCUGGCAUGACUUCAACUUUCGUUACAUACCCACUAGAUGUCCUCAGACUACGUUUGGCGGUUGAUCCAGGAUAUCAAACAAUGACAGAUGUUUUUGUAAAGAUGCUAAAAGAGGAAGGACUGGGAUCUUUCUAUAGGGGUCUCGGACCUUCUCUUAUCGGCAUAGCCCCCUACGUUGCUGUCAACUUUUGCGUAUUUGACUUGAUGAAGAAGUCUUUGCCAGAAAGAUUUCGCAAUAGACCUGAAGCGUCAAUAGUGACAGCCUUUGUGGCAGCUAGUAUUGCCACACUUACGUGCUACCCAUUGGACACGGUUAGAAGGCAAAUGCAAAUGAGGGGUACUCCGUACAAGACUAUCAUAGACGCUUUUCCAGGUAUAGUUGCUCGUGAUGGUGUAGUUGGAUUGUACAGGGGUUUUGUGCCGAACGCUUUAAAAACCUUACCAAACAGCAGCAUUAAGCUCACUGCCUUUGAUGCUAUGAAGCGCUUGAUAUCAGCAAGUGAGGUAGAAUUUCAAAGAAUUAUGGAAGAAAACCGCAUUCAACAAAAGCAGAGCGCCAACGCUUCAACACUUUAAAUGUUACUACACAUUAAUCCGUUUUUUUCUUAAAAGGUAUUGUUUGUCGAGAGACGCUAUGUGUAGCCGAGAUAAUUUAUCUAGCCGAAUCAUUAAUUAGUAUGAUAAACUUGAGGGAGGCCUUUUCAAUUUCUAGUUACCAUCUUGUUUGUUGGUGUUAUUGAAGGCCAUUUUUGAUAUUUAUCAGUUUCUUUUAUUCAUUCCCAUAAUACUCUUGUUAUUCUUAUUUCAGAUGUCUUAUUUCA